CAGCUCCAUCGCUACGAUUGGCCAGAAGACCUCCUCGGAUUGGCCAAUAAACGGCGCCCUGUCGCCCCCGUGUUACUGGGUAGAACAAAACAAAAACAAACAGAGCGAGAGGGGUCAGAGACGCUCGGAGGCAGCGACAGACGCUGAGGUGCCGGGUCGGGGCCGGCUGACCAGGGACCUGGGCGAGCAACAGCGGCGGCGACGGCGGCGGCCUGAGGGAAAUCCGUCCCAAAGGAAGAGUUUCAUUUGGUAACUUAAUCAGUGCAAGUGAAAUUAAGGAACAAUGGAUGUAGAAAAUGAGCAGAUACUGAAUGUAAACCCUACAGUAUUCCUCUGCAAACAAAUUAUGCCAAGUCUACCUAUGAUAUCAAAUCUAAGCCUUGACCAUUCGAAUGUGGGAGUGGUCAGCAGCUAUUCCAGUGAUUGGGACAGGAUCAAAAAGGACCUAACAUUACAAGAUCCAGAUAAUUUAAGUGACUCUCUCUUUUCUGGUGAUGAAGAAAAUGCUGGGACUGAGGAAAUAAAGAAUGAGAUAAAUGGAAAUUGGAUUUCGGCGUCUUCCAUUAAUGAAGCUAGGAUUAAUGCCAGGGCGAAAAGGCGGCUGCGGAAAAACUCAUCCCGGGACUCCGGCAGAGGUGAUUCCGUCAGUGAUAAUGGAAGUGAAGGCCUUAGAUGUGGAGUAACUGCACCAACCAGUCCAAAGGGAAGGUUGCUGGAUAGGCGAUCUAGAUCUGGGAAAGGACGAGGAUUACCAAAGAAAGGUGGUGCUGGAGGCAAAGGUGUCUGGGGCACCCCUGGACAGGUAUAUGAUGUGGAGGAGGUAGAUGUGAGAGAUCCCAACUAUGAUGAUGACCAGGAGAACUGUGUUUAUGAAACUGUAGUUUUGCCUUUGGAUGAAAUGGCAUUUGAAAAGACUCUGACACCAAUUAUACAGGAAUAUUUUGAGCAUGGAGAUACUAAUGAAGUUGCGGAAAUGCUAAGAGAUUUAAAUCUUGGAGAAAUGAAAAGUGGAGUACCAGUGCUGGCAGUGUCCUUAGCGUUGGAGGGAAAAGCCAGUCACAGAGAAAUGACAUCUAAACUUCUUUCCGAUCUUUGUGGGACAGUAAUGAGCACAAAUGAUGUAGAAAAAUCAUUUGAUAAAUUGUUGAAAGACCUACCUGAAUUAGCACUGGAUACUCCUAGAGCACCGCAGUUGGUGGGCCAGUUUAUUGCUAGAGCUGUUGGAGAUGGAAUAUUAUGUAAUACCUAUAUUGAUAGUUACAAAGGAACUGUAGAUUGUGUACAGGCUAGAGCUGCUCUGGACAAGGCUACUGUGCUCCUGAGUAUGUCUAAAGGUGGAAAGCGCAAAGACAGUGUUUGGGGCUCUGGAGGUGGGCAGCAGUCUGUUAAUCACCUUGUUAAAGAGAUUGAUAUGCUGCUGAAAGAGUAUUUACUGUCUGGAGACAUUUCUGAAGCUGAACAUUGCCUUAAGGAACUGGAAGUACCUCAUUUUCACCAUGAGCUUGUAUACGAAGCCAUUGUAAUGGUUUUAGAGUCAACUGGAGAAAGUACAUUUAAGAUGAUUUUGGAUUUAUUAAAAUCUCUUUGGAAAUCUUCUACCAUUACUCUAGACCAAAUGAAAAGAGGUUAUGAGAGAAUUUACAAUGAAAUUCCAGACAUUAAUCUGGAUGUCCCACAUUCAUACUCUGUGCUUGAGCGAUUUGUGGAAGAUUGUUUUCAGGCUGGAAUAAUUUCCAAACAACUCAGAGAUCUUUGUCCUUCAAGGGGUAGAAAACGUUUUGUAAGUGAAGGAGAUGGAGGUCGUCUUAAACCAGAGAGCUACUGAAUAAAGAACUCUUGCAGUCUUAGAUGUUAUAAAAAAUAUGUAUAUCUGAAUUGUAAGAGUUGUUAGCACAGGGUUUUUUUUUUUUAAGCACUUGUUUUGGGUACAAGGCAUGUCUGAAAUUUUUAAAGGAAGUGUUUUUUUCUUUUCUUUUUUUUUUAAUUUGAGGGUGUAAAGGAGGGACAGAAAAGUAACCACUUCUUAAGUGGGAUAUUCUCAUAAGCUACCUUUUGUAAGUGCCAUGUUUAUGACCUAAUCAUUCCAAGUUUUGCAUUGAUGUCUGACUGCCACUCCUUUCUUUCAAGGACAGUGUUUUUGUAGUAAAAUCACUGGUUUAUACAAAGCUUUAUUUAGGGGGUCAAGUUAAGCUGCUAAAACCCCAUGUUGGCUGCUGCUGUUGAAAUACUGUGCUUUGGGAGUUAAAAAAGUUAUUUCUUUGUUUUAAAGAAUUUUUUAAAAAUGAGCUAGUUGUGAGACUUAUUCAUCUUUCCAGGGAACAUAUUGCUUGGUCUUAAAGACAUUAAGUAAAUGGUGGCUGGAACAUCUAUUUUUCUACAAAACUGGAAAAAUGAACCCAGUUCUAGAAGAAUGUAUGACAAAAUAAAACAUGUGAAGCAGUGUUGAUUCUU